UUUGAAAACAAAAAACAAUCGCCAAUAUCCGUCUCAUUCCGUCCCCUUGCCAUCCUUGCUUCCAUCGGCAACUUCCACCUCUGAGAUUUCUCUCCACAUCCUUGAUACGUUCCUAAGAUAACAAUCACAACCACCGUCAAGCCCACUGACAACCCGCUGCCCUGCUACCAUUAUCUCAGGGUGUAUGAGCUAUGAACAGUAAUAAAAUGUCCGAAGCGAUUUCAGUAAGCGCGGCCGCGAAUUCUACAAUAGUCGGCGCCGAGGAUUACUUCCGGCCGUCGUCCAUCAUGAAACUUCCGAUCACAGAUAUUGGCGACUCAUCCACCUCCUCUUCCAGUGCAUACGUAACCCAGGCAUUUCCAUUCUCUUCUGGAAACCCUAGAAUCGAACAGACGAGAGGCGUCAUGCAUCUCUUUCUGGACGACGCCGCUUCUUCCUCUUCUAAUUUACCUGUUGGAAGAAUUCCUCUUAUUUGUGUUCUUGGGGUGCCAAAUCACAUGACAUAUGCAGACUUUUGUCAGUUUUGUGGUUCCUUUAUUCAUCACAUCAUGGAAAUGCGCAUUGUCAGGAAUGAUGGAAUGGAAAACCGGUAUAGUAUCUUGGUAAGAUUCGAUGAUCAAAGCUCAACGGAUUCAUUUCACAAGCAUUUUAAUGGAAGGCGUUUCUCAUCUUUGGAGACAGAAUCAUGUCGUGUGCUUUUCACUGUUGAUGUGCAAUACACAAGCUCAAUUGAACACACACAGACUUCCCCUGCAAAUACAGAGCAACCCUCAUGUCCAGUCUGUCUUGAGAGAUUGGAUCAAGAUAUGAGUGGGAUUCUAACAACAAUCUGCAACCAUUCAUUCCAUUGUUCUUGUAUUUCAAAAUGGACUGAUUCUUCAUGCCCUGUAUGUCGUUAUUGUCAACAGCAGCCUGAAAAGUCAAAAUGUUUGAUUUGUCAAACAUCAGAAAAUGUGUGGAUAUGUCUUCUGUGUGGGUUUGUUGGGUGUGGGAGGUAUAAAGAAGGGCAUGCAAUUGAACACUGGAAACAAACACAACAUUGCUACUCUCAAGAACUGGAAACACAACGUGUGUGGGAUUAUGUUGGAGAUAAUUAUGUUCAUCGUUUAAUCCAAUCUAAAACAGAUGGAAAACUGGUUGAGUUGAAUCACCAUCAACAUACUGAUGGUGAUUGUGGAUGUGACACUGAUCCUGCAUUUAGUGAAGCUCUUUUAAACAGUCGAGUUGAAUCUAUUGUUAGUGAGUAUAAUGAGCUGCUGACUACCCAACUUGAAAACCAAAAACUGUACUAUGAAUCAUUACUCCAGGAAUUUGAAGAGGAAAAUGAAAGGGAGAUUUCAAGUGCUGUAAAAGAUUUUUUGAAGCAGAAUACGAAAUUGCAAAAGAUGCAAGCGAAGCUGGAUAAAGGUCUUAAAGAGAAGAAGUUUCUAGAUGAUAUGAAUGAGAAUCUUUUGAGGAACAAGGAGACAUGGGAAAGCAUAAUAGCUAAAAUUCAAGAAAGGGAGAAGGAGGCUUUGAGGGUGAAAGAUGACAAGAUACAAGAACUGGAGGCCCAGCUUCAGGGGCUGAUGGUAUCUCUUGAAGAAACGAAUACAGUGGAUGUACAAUGAUCAGCAUGAACCGAAUAAUUUGUUCUUUUUUUUAUUUUUAUGGCAUCAUUUUAUUGUAUUCUUUGUUGAUAUGUAAAGUGAAUUUCGUAUAGAAUGAUGCACAUGAGAUUAGAGUUUGAAGUGAAUGAUGAAUGAAAGAUAACAGUGGAUUUGUUAUGUUGAAUCUACAUUGACAACACCAUUGUCGUAUUGCAA